UUCAUUACAUCCAUUAUUAAUAUAUAUUGAUAUUUUUCGCAAUAGAAUAGAAUAUAAUAUACAUACAAAAUAUUAGACAUUUGAUAUGAAUUUUUAUUAAUUAUUUAAUGUCACUGGUUGUAGCCAAUUAUAAUAUAGUUCGUAACAAUAUCAUGGUUAUACUGUAGAAACCUCACAACACGAUUUAUAUAUACUGGCAACUUUAAUUAUAUAUAUACAAAAUAUUAGACAUUUAAUAUGAAUUUUUAUUAAUUAUUUAAUGUCACUGGUUGUAGCCAAUUAUAGUAUAGUUCGUAACAAUAUCAUGGUUAUACUGUAGAAACCUCACAACACGAUUUAUAUAUACUGGCAACUUUAAUUAUAUAUAUACAAAAUAUUAGAUAUUUAAUAUGAAUUUUUAUUAAUUAUUUAAUGUCACUGGUUGUAGCCAAUUAUAAUAUAGUUCGUAACAAUAUCGUCAUGGUUACACUCUAGAAACCUCACAACACGUUUUAUAUAUAUUGGCAACUUUAAUUAUAUAUUACAUGUUUAUCAAAUUUCAUAAGACGACAUUAUGAGAACGGAAACACAAUGUUUAAUUAAGAUAUUAUCUUUGUAUUAAUUCUAUCAUAUUACAAUAUGAUAGAAUUAAAUAAUAAUGAAUUCAAGUCAUACAUACAUACAUAGAUACAUAUAUACCUAUAUAUAUAGAAAUUUUACAUUGAUUAUACAUGAAGGCUUCUCUAUAAGCUUUGUUUGACAAAACAAAAGCCAAUUGUAGAUCGUUUCUUAAACGUUGACCAAAAAUAUCGUGAAUAUAUCAAUAAUAAUUAUGGCUUCAACUUCUAAAAAAAACAGCAGUUCUCGGCGAAAAGGUGUCUCUAAAAUUGAAUUAACAGAAGAUCAAAAAGCUGAUAUAAAGGAAGCUUUUGAUCUAUUUGAUCCAGAUGGAACAGGCAAAAUAGCAACUAAAGAACUUAAAAUAGCAAUGAGAGCUCUUGGUUUUGAACCAAAGAAGGAAGAAUUAAAAAAGCUUGUAGCUGAUUUUGAUCCAGAUUGUCUUGGGAAACUGUCAUUUGAGGAAUUUUUAAAUAUAAUGUCUGUAAAAAUGUUAGAGAAAGAUCCGAAAGAAGAAAUUUUGAGAGCCUUUCGGCUUUUUGAUGAUGAUGAAACUGGGAAAAUAUCUUUUAAAAAUUUAAAACGUGUAGCUAGAGAGUUAGGUGAAAAUCUUACGGAUGAAGAAUUACAAGAAAUGAUUGAUGAGGCUGAUAAAGACGGUGAUGGAGAAAUUUCUCAAGAAGAAUUUAUGCGAAUUAUGCGAAAAACCUGCUUAUAUAAAUAAAUGUAAUGAUUUGUUCGUUAUUUUCAUUUCGAAUUAAAUUAGUUUUAAAACCGUUUAAUUACAUUACAUGAUUUGCAAAAAAUUACAGAAUUUUAAAUUGUAAAAUUGUAUAAUUUAUAAAAAUAAUUAAAUAAUUAAGGUAUAAAA